AACCUCACCCAAUGAUCCCGAAAUGAGUCUCAGUACCCGGGUUGACGUGCUUGCCUCCUCCGUUUUCUGGCCCCCGGGGUCCUAAAGAUGCGGCCGGUAGCGCGGGUACCUGUCCUGGUUUCACACUGGCUCGGUUCGUCCCGGUAGACUGAUCGCAGUCCGGUGCUGCGGUGUCCACAGGGGCCACAAGAGUGAUUUAAAAAAAACCAACCGGAUCUGCCACCAGCAGGUUGACAGAUGGAUAACUACUCUACUUUACAAUUGCAGUGUCUGGAAAUGACAACUAAGCGGAAGCUGAUUGGCCGGCUGGUGCCGUGCCGUUGUUUCCGUGGUGAAGAGGAAGUGAUCUCAGUGUUGGAUUAUUCCCACUGCAGCCUGCAACAGGUGCCCAAGGAAAUAUUCAGCUUCGAGAGAACUCUGGAGGAGCUCUACCUCGAUGCCAACCAGAUUGAGGAACUACCCAAGCAACUCUUCAACUGCCAGGCUUUGAAGAAGCUGAGCAUGCCCGAUAACGACCUGUCCAACCUGCCCACCACCAUCGCCAGCUUGGUUAACCUCAAGGAGCUCGACAUCAGUAAAAACGGUAUCCAGGAGUUUCCUGACAAUAUAAAAUGUUGUAAAGGCCUGUCUGUGGUGGAGGCCAGUGUCAACCCUAUCACCAAACUCCCAGACGGUUUUACGCAGCUCCUGAAUCUGACCCAGCUCUUCUUAAACGAUGCCUUCUUGGAGUAUCUGCCGGCUAACUUUGGCAGACUCUCAAAACUACGGAUCUUGGAGCUUAGAGAGAACCAUCUGAAAACCAUGCCAAAGUCCAUCCACAGACUGACACAGUUGGAGAGGUUGGAUCUGGGUAGCAAUGAAUUCUCUGAAAUGCCGGAGGUGUUGGAACAGAUCCACAACCUCAGAGAGCUGUGGCUGGAUAACAACUCUCUACAGUGUAUACCAGGGGCGAUAGGAAAACUUCGUCAGUUGCGGUACUUUGACUUAGCUAAGAAUCGUAUUGAGACGUUGGACACGGACAUCUCAGGCUGCGAGGCCUUAGAAGACCUGCUGCUAUCCUCCAACAUGCUGCAGCAACUCCCUGACUCUAUAGGAAUGUUGAAGAAGCUGACAACAUUGAAGGUAGAUGACAACCAGCUGACCUCACUGCCUAACACCAUCGGGAGUGCGAAGCCCAAGCACGGUCUGUCUCUAUUGGAGGAGUUUGACUGUAGUUGUAAUGAGUUGGAGUCGUUGCCUUCCACUAUCGGCUACCUGCAAAGCCUGAGGACAUUUGCUGCUGACGAGAACUUCCUCUCAGAGCUGCCCCGGGAGAUCGGUAACUGUAAGAAUGUGACGGUAAUGUCGAUGCGGUCCAACAAACUGGAGUUUCUUCCCGAUGAAAUUGGACAAAUGACCAAACUACGAGUCCUUAACCUGAGUGACAACAGGUUAAAGAAUCUACCGUUUACCUUUACUAAGCUGAAAGACCUGGCAGCACUCUGGCUCUCUGACAAUCAGUCCAAGGCUCUGAUCCCGCUGCAGACAGAAGCCCACCCUGAAACCAAACAGAAGGUUUUGACCAACUACAUGUUUCCUCAGCAACCGCGACAUGACGAGGAUUACCAGUCGGACAGUGACAGCUUUAACCCUACCCUGUGGGAGGAGCAGAGACAGCAGAGGAUGACUGUGGCCUUUGACUUUGAGGACAAGAAAGAAGAGGAAGACAACUCUGGGAAGGUCAAGGUGGAGAUAAACCUAAAGCGCUACCCAACACCCUACCCUGAGGACCUUAAGAACAUGGUCAAGUCAGUGCAAAGCCUUGUGGGUAAAAGCGUACACGCCGGACACGGGCAUCAACACCAGCAUCAGCACCAACACCAACACCAGCACCAGCACCAGCACCAGCACCAGUUGAGCACAGGCACUGCCACCUCGGCAGGAACCAACAUGGAACACACACACCUCAGCAAAGAACAGUACGAACCACCGUGGCCCCUGCCUCCUAAAGAGGUGACAGACAGAGAGAUGCAGGACUUCUCUCAGUCUCAGUUAAUGGAUCAGGGAUCCAUGCAUAACUCUGGCAUUGACAUUCCCAAGAGGAAGGACAAAGAGGACCUGACAGAGAGCUCUGAGGACUCGAUGGGCGGCUCUCCCAACGACAUCCGUAUCUCUGACAUGAGGCCCACCCUGGUGGAGCCGCCUAUGUACAAACCAAAGGUGGUGCUUCUGGGGAAGGACAAGAAAGAGUCUACAGAUGAGGAGGUGGAUAAGCUCCACUGUCUGAACCACAGCGGCUCUUCUGCCACCUACUCCGAUUACUCUCCCUCACAGGGCUCCUCUGGCUCCUCCAACCCGCCCGGCAACGCACACUCACACACGCACACACACUCUCAUGCACACCCACACGCACACCCACACGCUCACCCACAUGCUCCUGCCCUGCCGGCUCCAAGCAAGGACCAGGCCCCUCAAACACACUGGACCAACAGACUGGCUCAGUCAUUCCCCAAACCCAUUGACUCCAAGCCCCUGCUAUCUCAGAGAGAAACCCCUCCAUCAGGAACCCUGCAGCAGCGCGGGGAUCGACGUCCACUGAGUGAGCCUUUUGAUUGGUCCGAGGCCCCUCAUUAUGACAACACAGGUUUUGAUGCUGAGGAGUCUCCUCUGGACCCUUCAUCCUCAACUGGGAGUCAGGGAAACCCACCACUGGGCUCCAAACCCCGCAGCCAGUCAACACACGGGCGCCGCCCCCUCCUCAGGCAGGAGCGAAUUGUAGGAGUACCUCUGGAGCUGGACACUCAGACGCUCCCCUUCCACGGCAACCAACGCUCCACUCCGGACAAUGACCCACAAUCCUCCGGACAUCCCUCCCAGAAUCCUUGGCAGAACUGGACCAGAACCCCCAGCCCGCUGGAGGACCGAACCGCUUUUCCCUCUAAACUGGACCUGACGCCCUCCUCUAGCCCCAACCCUGACCGCAAGGACAUUGACCCAAGGCUGGAACAAGGCACUGGGCCUUUGCCCGGCAGCUGGACAUACCACGACAAUCAGGGGGAGCAGAACAGGAAGGAUCAACUAAGUGUCAGCGGGGGCAACAAGGUGACCGUAGUGAUGAGUAAAAGCUCAGACCGCCUGUCCCCCAUGAUGAGGGAGACGAGAUCUAAGUUUAAGAAGUCACAGAGCAUCGAUGAGAUUGACAUUGGCUCCUAUAAGGUCUACAGUAUUCCCGUGGACAGCUACAGUUCAUCCAUUGAGCAACAGACUAGUUUGGACCGUCAAGAGUUUGCCGGUUCUAUGGAGCAGACCAACAUGGCACGGUCACAGUCUGCCCCCAUGUUAGAUGAUGACCUGAUCUUCCCAGGACACGGUUCCAGCAACCAGUUGGGACAGAACCAAAAACCUGCUAUCCCACACAAGGCCUAUCACUUCGACCACAACUACAACCCCCAGGUGACCAUGGACCGUCGGGUCCCUCCCCCCUUCCCAAACACACCAGAUUAUGUCAACCACUCAUCGAAAGCCUUGGAGUACAUCAAUCAACCAGGGAAGACAUUACCCAAGGAAUUGGUGAGCCCUCGCUAUCGAGCAUAUCCACCACUGGAGAUGUUUUCUUUCCCCCAAUCGCCAAUCAACCAGGAUGGUCCGCCCAGCCAGCAUCAACAGCCAAUCCCAUCACAGCGCUCCAGGCCAGGGUUUUUGAGGAGAGCAGAUUCAUUGGUUAGCUCUACAGAGCUUGCUUUGUUCCGCAGAGUCCAUGAAGCCCAGCAGGAGGCGCUGCAGGAAGCUCAGUACAGACAGCAGGCGGACCCCCCUCUUUAUGGUCGGGCUCUGGCCUACUCCACCCCCAUGGAGCACUCUGCUCUCACCAACAUGGCUGACAGCCAGAGCCAGAUGAUGCACAACAAGAGAAAUGGCCGCUAUGAUGACGACUAUCCUACCUACCAGGAACAGAAGAAGCCCAUGAUUGGUUAUCCAACCAAGAGCCUGACUCAGCGCCGCCCCCUGUCUGCCAGGAGCUAUAGCACUGAGACCUACGGAGCAUCUCAGGCCCGUCCAGUGUCAGCGCGUCCCACCAUGGCUGCCCUGCUAGAGAAAAUGCCCCCUGACUACACUCUGGCAACCUGCCCUGAAAAACCAUCUGAUGACACCAUCAAAGUAAGACCUGGCGUUCCACAGAAGCCUGAAGACAUCACCUCCAGGAUGCCUGCCGAUUGGAGGCAACAACUACUUAGGCACAUAGAGGCCAAACGAUUGGACAGGAGCCCCUCUCAGCAGGCUGCCAUGCUGGAUAAUGACCAGGAGGGGCUGUCAGGGAGCAACCAGUGGGCUCCGUACUCACUUGGCAGGAGGGACGUCCCACCUGACAACCUCAUGAAAAAAAGUGGCCACUCCCACAACCCUUCCCACCAAUCACACAACACCAUGGUCGUCACUUCCUCCUCCUCCUCCUCGUCCACUACGCCUCAUCGUGUGGUUGUGCAGCAGGGCUACGACGGGAUGAUGAACAAAGGGGUCCAAUACCAACCGGGCAUGCCCUUGUCAGUGGUUCCCUCUGGGGGGCCGGGGCAGUACCAAGGCAACAUGUCUCAAGGCCAUCCUGCUCCUGGACAGGGUUACCCCGGCUCCGGCAUGACCAUGGCCCUGUCUCCGUCUGGGAACCAGCCCCAGUACAACCCCCACUCAUCCCACACAUCACAUCAGCCCGCCACCAACCCUCAGUACCACGGCAACCAGGGCAUGGUCCAUAGCAACCAGGGCAUGGUCAUGGUGCACAGCAACCAGGGCAUGGUGCACAGCAACCAGGGCAUGGUGCACAGCAACCAGGGCAUGGUGCAUAGCAACCAGGGCAUGGUGCACAGCAACCAGGGCAUGGUGCAUAGCAACCAGGUUGUCAUGACCCACACCAACCCACGGCCUCAGAGCGCACGCUGCCUGUUGCAGACUAAAGGCCAGAAGAGCACGGAUGGUUUCCAGGAACAGUUGUGUGUGAGAAUAGAGAAGAACCCUGGUCUUGGUUUCAGUAUCUCUGGUGGCAUCAGCGGCCAGGGGAACCCCUUCAAACCCUCGGACAUGGGUAUCUUUGUUACUAGGGUACAGCAUGACGGGCCCGCCACCUCCGCACUGCAGCCCGGAGACAAGAUUCUGCAGGCUAACGGACAUAGUUUUUUACACAUGGAGCACGAGACAGCCGUCUCUCUGCUGAAGAGUUUCCAGCGGACGGUGGACUUGGUGGUUCGGAGAGACAGCAGCACGUGCUAAAAAUAGUUUUAUAACAAACAAACAAACAAACACAACAACAACGCUUCUCUACUCUGCUCAUCGCCAUCCCAUGCCACCCCACCUGCCCUCCGCUGGAGGCUUGUGGAACUGAAAAAUGAGCCGCCUUUUUUACCUUUUUAGGGGAACACACAGACAUUUAUUUGCCUAUUGCUGGACCAAAGGCAAAUACUAGUGCCAAAUGUACCAUAGGAAACAUAUCGGCUCUUCUGUCUACCGGCAGUCAGGGACCUGAUUGGCGGCUGGACGGACCACAAGAGGACACUUUCAGUUCCUACAGGGCUGCUGCAGUUUGGAUGUUGUGGUUGUUAGUAGUCAGUCUGAAUAGUUUUUUUUGUUGCUUUUCUCCACUGCCUUUUCUUUUUUGUUGCUGUCCAUUGUAGAUUUCUUAAUCAUUUGUUUGGUGUAGCACAGGAUCCACUUUCCGUGUUCUUCAUUGUUCUUCAUUGCUUAGUUCUCUUCGAUUUCUGUUCUUCUUUUGUUUUCUGUUCUGUUCUUCUCUUUCUUUCGCAGUCUUGUGUUUUAUUCUUUUCAGCCGUCUUAUGUUCUGUUCUGCAGGUAUUAUUGCCUCCAGUGUACAGAAAUGGAAAACUUAGGACUUUCUGCCUUGUGUACAUAUAUAGAGCUGCAGCUUUCUAGAGCUGCACCUUCCUUGGGGCCUGGACAGACAGCUCUUAAAGUUUAUGAUUAAUAUAAAUAUUGUUGAUAAACCACAUUCUGAAUUAUCUCUUAUGAACAUACAGGGAUUAUUUCUCCAAAUGGACAAUUUUCUAAAGUAUACCACUGAUUUCUUUUUCUGUAAAGAAAACACUGUUGAUAGUUCAUUACUGCUACUCGUUUCUUUUCUUUUAUUCUUUUUCUUUUUAACUGUUGCUUGCCCAGCUGUGCUGAAAAGAGCUAAAGCAAUACUUCUGAGGCUUGGCCCAUUGAGAUUUUCAGCAGAGCCUAACUUGUCCUACAGUGCCAUCUAUCGAGUCAAUCAUGCUAAUGUUUACACACACUGCCAUGCACAUGAGCUAACAGGCAAAACACACAUAUACAGUAAACGUAUGUGCCCCCAUACACAACACAUAUGCAAUGGUGCGCUCUGUGCACUAUUCAUAAUGAAGCCCUGUCUAUAUUCUAGCCUGAUUUUACAAUUCAACUGCUAUAAUAAAACCAGUCACACAUACACUGUAUUCAUUAUAUCCGUGCCAUAUUUUGAAGUCCUGUUUUCUACUGUUGUUACAGCAGUGUUGCAUCAUUUUUUAGCUGUUUGAGUUGUACGAUAAAGUCCCAGCAUGCUUUCAUGUCAUUGGUCACUGUCAGCCAGCCAUUUUCUGUUGGCUUCUGGAGUUCUCUUCUGUGUAGGAGACUUUAGAUAUAUUAUACCACUGAGUUUCAGUAAGACUGAUGUUCUCUUGUUGGUGCCAAAUGGACCGCCCCUCCCUGGUUUUAUUCACACAGGCCCAAAACAUCAGUGCGUUACCUCUUUGUGGCCCAGAUCUGAUCUGCACACAGGCUUUAGUGAGCAGGGAAAGUAUCCGCUCCGCUGAAGAGUCCUGAUGUCUGGCCUUCCUGCGGAAAGCAACAAAAGUAAAGACAGUAUCCCGACAACAAUCAGUAACAAUACUGUCUAAAUGGGUAAAUCUGCAGUCAAUCAGAUUUUCCCUUUUUAGACAAUCGGGGAAAUAUCUGAUCUGUGCCACAAAGACUUUUGGCUACACUUGAAAUUUCAGUGUGACUUUUAUAACCUGAGGAGAUGCUAGUUAACGCUAGGUGAACAUGGGAAUUUAGAUUUGCCAACUUGGUUGGUGAAUGUUUAAAAUGAUAUGUGGAUAGAGAAAGAAAAAUAAUUUAGACUCAGUUGUAGAAAAUGAGAUUGUAGAAAAGGUUUCUGGAGCCAUGUCAUUGGUCUUGUAAAAUCUGACCUUCAUGCUUCAGAAACUGGACAGACUGGACAGAAGCGACUGCAGAAAAAAAGAGUUUAAUUUUCUGUCUUCAUGUAAAUGCAACACGUGUCUUGAAGACGUUUCAUGACGGCAAGUUUUGUUUUGUUCUGUAUAACAUCUGAUGUUUCAUCCAGAGCAAAACAACAUCCUUUGCUUUUACUUGACGUGACAGUGUCAUCCUGUGCCCAUUUUGUGUCAACCCUCUUAAUAAGCGUUAGGAUUUAGUUAAUAAAAUAUAAAGGACACAAAAUGGCACAGUUUAGUCUUGUGGGUUGAGAGACUUCAUCUUAACCACAAGUACCCACCCAACCCUAUUUAGAGUUUGAAAUAUCAAAGAUAUUGUGAUGAGAACAGAGAAAAAGGUUUGAUAAUAUAAUUAUUUUUUACUACAUGUUCAGGUAAUUCUUUCUAAAUAUAUUGAUAUACCUUAGCUUUGCUCAAAAAUUGUGAUAUUUUAUAAUAAUGACACUUAUAACAAAGUUAUGGAUGGAAGUACGCACAGUAUGACUUGGAGACCUACACAUGUACUAUCCAAAACUGUAUAAAAUGUAUUUCUACUGUAAUUGUGAAUUUGUGUUAUACAAAUAUAUAUUAUAUAUAUAUGUAUAUGACUAUAAAAAAACAGUCAUUUUCUAUGUGUUUAAACUACAUAAGAGCUGAACAAAUGCUGAGGACGGUGUCACUGUACAUAGCUGUGAAUGAAAUCCAAUUUAAAAUGACUCAUAUUGAUUGUGAAUGUACUCAUGCUUUCUGCAGUACCUACACCUACCCAACUUGAAUGCUGCUUCUUCUGUUAUGUGACAAAAAGUACUUUGACCUCCGAAGAGAGAACCGCUGUCGAGUUAUAAGUUGGACAAAUUUUAGUGACGAUUUAACAGAACUAUUUAUUUAUUUAUUUAUUUGCACAUGCAAGUUGAAAUCCUUCCAGUUUUAAGUUUGAGUAUUAAUGCGGAGAAAUGUAAUUGCAGAAGUAUAUAUAAUAUAUAUCAUGUGUUUAGAAUGCAUUUUGCAGACGCUAUCUGUACAUACUAUUUAAGAUACAGUUUUUACAAAAAAUAAUAUAUGUAUAAAAUUGAAAAAAUGCUGUGCAGCGAUUAUACUGGAGCCAUUUUGGGCUUUGGGACGUACCAUUUUUUCAGUAUAUAAGAAGUGUUUUGAAUAAUGUACUAAAGUCUCUAUUGUACAAAUAAUAAAAAUGUCACUAUUGGUAA